UCGGGGUGGAGGGUUCGAGUUCGACUGUUUGAGCUGGGAGUUGAGCUCGGGGUUCGUUUUGGGUCGAUCGCAGUUGUACGCUGGUAGUUAACGACGACAGACGGGGUUCAUCGCUUGCAGUCGCGAUCAAGUCUUUCGGUGGGAUUAAGAUCCCUACUUAGCCUUUUGCUAAGAAAACGCGAUCGGGGGUUGUUCCCAAAUCCGUCAGUUACUUAUUUUUUUUUUGUGUGGAACACAUGUAGUUUCGCGCGUUCGAGUACGAAAGUGAGUGGCGCGGGGUCCUAAGUGCUCGACGAUCGUCAUCAACGCGCCAGCUAGUUAGGAGGAGGUGAAGAGUACGUAAUUUGUCAACCGUAAGCGCGCGUACAGAGCGAAAUUAUUCAAGUGGCUCGAAUCCGUCGUCGUCGUCGAUUGUGUAAUAUGGUUUUUGAAAAAAAAAGGCAACAAGUGACGAAAGGAAAUGAAACGUCUUUCGAUCGGCUGAAAGCUUAAGCCACAGAGAAGAAGAGAUUGAAGCAGUGAAAAUCCGGGGCAGUUGUACAUGUAACUUGUGGUGCGCCGACCGAUGUUUUGAGGGCAUCCGCGCGCGAAGACAGAAGAGAAGUUUGAGAAGCAAAAAAAAAAAAAAGAUUGCGACUUUUCGACGAUCGGUCGAGUUUUGUUUGGAGUUUGAAUUUGAAGUGUGUCGAACAGCGCCGGUGACCGACUGUCGAGUCUCAAGUGCUCCGAUUCGUUUCUGCGGGGAUAUUUGUGUGACUCAGAAAGCACACAGAAGUUACGUAAGGAGAGUAGCUGCAGUCGUCAACUCCCGCAAGGAAAGAAACUAAAAAAAAAAAACGAGGCGGAUUGAACGACGAGGCACACCACAAGAGGACAUUCGCAAAGGCGCAGACCCACGGCAGCCGAGGGAGACUCAACCGAAUAAAAAAUGAGACCGAACUGGAUUAACGUUUCAAUAACUGCGUUGAUCGUAACGAUGCUUGUUAUUGCAGCAUGCCAGGCGGAAGACGGCGGAGGGGGAGGCGAAGGAGGAGGAGGUGGCGGCAGGAAGCCAUCGCUGAAGACCGAGUCAGGAUUACUUACAGUGAAGGCAGGUGCAAAAGGUUCUCGUUUGCAGACUACGCCGUCAACUACGACAACACCGACGACAAAGAAGAAGCGCAAGAAGCCAAGCACGGACGACGAUGAUGAUGACGAUGAUGACUUCCUGGAUUUCCUCGGAGAUGAUGACGAUGACAGCGAUGACGAUGACGAAGAGGAAGAAGAGGAAGACGAUGAUGAGGACGAGGAAGAACAGGAAGAGGAGGCGGAGGAGGAAACCAGUACCGAUGGUGGUAGUCGGUUAUGGUCCGCGGAUGCCUUCAACAAGAUAUCUCAGACGCUUGGGGCGUUGAACACCGUUGGUAGGUAUAUUGUGAAUAUCACCAAGGGACAGGAACCGGCUCCGGUGAACUCCGUCAACCAGGACCAGAAGGAGAACGUCCCGAAUGCCAUACUGACUCUGACGAAGACGAUGCUGGGCCCGAAUGUCACGAAGACAAUUGAGCCGCUGAUCAAGCGCGUUGGAGGACCGGAAGUUGAGUCUACGGUAAGUCCUGUGGAUGCGUUCACCACCACUGAGUCCACGACUACCACUGAGUUGACCACAUCUACCACGGAAGUGGUUGAGGUGGUUACUGAACAGCAGCCUUUGGUGGUACAGAAGAAAGAGGAGGUCGCUGCUGCGACUCCAUCCAGUUCUAUGCAGAAGAAAAAGAAAAAGAAGAAGAACAAGGUCAAGAGGAAGGAUCCAACCCACGUCGAAACUACGAAGAAACCUGCCCCCAUUAACAAAAUCGUCGAGUCGACGAAAGACUCGGAGAAUUCGUGCACUACUCCAGACGGACGUCCAGGACGAUGUGAAGACUUGAGUACCUGUCCAGGACUGCUAUUAGAUCUGACGCAUCUUCGAGAAUCUCUGUGCUUCAAGCGGUUGUUUGUACCCGGGGUGUGUUGCCCUGCACCGACUAGUACUCUUCUUACAACUCAACGCCCUACCCAGCGGCCAAUCCCUCAAACCACCUCGCAAAGCUUGGUUCUUAGUCCAGUGGUUACCAGACCAAGUACAACGAAGCGGCCUCCAGUUCCUGCACAGCCGGUUACAACGACGGAGCAGAUUCUUGCCGCCACGUUGAAACCCAUCUCCGAGAACUUCGUGGAUCCGGAAGACUGCGGUCAGCAGGAGUACUCUUCCGGGCGAAUCGUCGGCGGCAUAGAAGCCCCUGUUGGCCAAUGGCCGUGGAUGGCAGCCAUCUUUUUGCACGGCCCGAAGAGGACGGAGUUCUGGUGCGGUGGCUCGCUGAUCGGGACGAAGUACAUCCUGACGGCGGCCCAUUGCACCAGAGACUCCCGUCAGAGGCCGUUUGCCGCUCGGCAGUUCACCGUUCGGCUGGGAGACAUCGACCUUUCGACAGACGCGGAACCAUCGGCUCCGGUGACGUUCAAGGUCACGGAGGUGAGAGCUCACCCGAAGUUUUCCAGGGUGGGAUUCUACAACGACAUUGCCAUUCUGGUGCUGGACCGGCCGGUGCGGAAGUCCAAAUACGUGAUUCCGGUGUGCACGCCGAAGGCGAAUCUUCCGUCGAAAGAUCGGAUGGCAGGUCGUCGAGCAACGGUGGUCGGUUGGGGUACGACCUACUACGGUGGGAAGGAAUCGACCAAGCAGCAGCAGGCCACGCUUCCGGUUUGGCGCAACGAGGACUGUAACCAUGCGUACUUCCAGCCAAUUACGGACAACUUCCUGUGCGCUGGAUUUUCCGAGGGAGGCGUCGAUGCCUGUCAGGGCGAUUCCGGUGGACCGCUGAUGAUGCUGGUCGAGGCACGGUGGACGCAGGUCGGAGUGGUUUCAUUUGGGAACAAGUGCGGGGAACCGGGAUACCCGGGAGUGUAUACCAGGGUAAGCGAGUACAUGGAGUGGAUACGAGAAAAUACCAAGAAGUGAAGUGAGGAAGGGAAACGAACAAAUAUCGCCAUAAGGAGAAAUAACGAUACAAAUAUGUGAUAGAAGAAGAGAAGAUUCGAAUAUUUAAACAAGUAUUUUGUAUAUAACUUAACAUAUCCUCAGUUUAAACAUUAGAUUUAACACUAACUUAUGUAACUUAUUGACAAAAUCUCUCGAUUUAUUACCGUUAAGAUUGUAAGACAGCAAAGACAAGCUUUAGUCAGUAGAAACAUGUACAAUCCAGUAGAAUCUCUGCUCAACUUCUUCUCUAUCUACUCACAAUGUAUUCUUCGAUUUUUUGUACUUCCUAACACAUUACUAGCAAAUUAGUGAAGUUCCUUGAAAUUCCUUUUACUCUCAAGAUAAAUGUGCGCGCAAUCGUAGCCCAGAUGUAUGAAUAAAAAUGUGUACAGUAAAACAAUAUUUAUUAUUU